AUGAUGUGGUCUAAUUUCUUCAUGCAAGAGGAGGACCGUCGGCGAGCCGCAGCAGGCCGGCGUCGUGCCCAGGGACAGCAGAAUCUCGGCCUGACUCCGGAGCGUGAGGGCAAGAUCAAGUUGGUGUUGCUGCUGGCCACCGUGGGCGCCACACUGUCUGUGCUGUCGGUGGGCACCGAGUUCUGGGUGGAACUCAAUACCUACAAGACCAACGGCAGCGCCGUCUGUGAGGCCGCCCACUUAGGGCUGUGGAAGGUGUGCACCAAACGACUGUGGCAGGCAGACGUGCCCGCGGGCAGAGAGACCUGCGGCCCAGCUGAGCUGCCCGGAGAAGCAAACUGCACCUACUUUAAAUUCUUCACCACAGGGGAGAAUGCACACAUCUUCCAGAGAUCCACUAAGAAAGAGGUGAACCUGGCAGCUGCGGUGAUGGCCGUGCUGGGCCUCACAGCCAUGGCCCUGGGCUACCUCUGUGUCAUCACGGUGCUCAGCAAAGGCGCAGAGUUCCUGCUCCGAGUGGGAGCUGUCUGCUUUGGUCUCUCAGGCCUGCUGCUCUUUGUAAGCCUGGAGGUGUUCCGGCAUUCCGUGCGAGCCCUGAUCCAGGGAGUCAGCCCUGAGGUUCCCCCAGCUCCACGCCUGACCUACGAGUAUUCCUGGUCCCUGGGUUGUGGCGUGGGCGCCGGCCUGAUCCUGCUGCUGGGGGGUAUCUGUUUCCUGCUGAUCACCCUGCCUUCCUGGUCCUGGGGGUCACUGUGCCCGAAACGGGGCAGCCCAACCGCCUAGAUCCACAGCCUGCUUUUUUGCAGGCAUCUGCC